CUUGGGUUCUCGUGAUGUGUGCGAUCACAGUGUGCUAAUAAUGUGCGUUGACGUUUCGUUGUGAAUGUGUAGCGGACUGUUGAACGUUUCUGGUGUUAAUUAGUUCGACGAAGUGAUGAUAGUUCUUUGAUUUUUAUAUUCCCAAUCCUCCUCAGUGAUGGAGCUAAAUCGAGCAUCUACUGUCUCAGAGUUCACACUUACAGUCCUUACACUGAACUGCUGGGGCAUCGUGGGAAUCUCUAAAGACCGAGUGGAGCGAAUGAGGGCCAUCGCAGAAACACUAGCUUCAGGGAGGUUUGAUGUUGUUUGUCUGCAAGAGUUGUGGUCCGAGGACGACUACAAUGAUAUCACCCAGAGAGUUGAGAAUAUUUUGCCUUACGCACAUUACUUUUACAGUGGAGUAACAGGUUCGGGGCUGAGUAUUCUCUCGAGGUAUCCGUUUGAGUCUUUCAUGUUCCACCAGUGGUCCGUCAAUGGCUACAUUCACAAAAUCUUUCACGGAGACUGGUUCGGAGGGAAGGGCAUCGGCCUUUGUCGAAUAUCAGUCAGAGGUCUCAACAUCAAUGUCUACACCACUCAUCUGCACGCUCAGUACAGUGAAGAUGAUGAAUACCUGGCUCAUAGAGUGGUACAGGCGUUUGACACGGCACAGUUUGUGGACCUGACCUCAGGGGCGGCACACUUCAACGUGCUGGCUGGUGACCUCAACACACAACCCGGUGAACUGUGUCACCAGCUGAUACAACACACGGCUCACCUUCAAGACUCCUACGACAAACAUACUGGAGGCAGUGACUUGGGCACAUUUGACUGCAAGCGUAACAGUUACGCAGAUCAAAAGCUAGUGUCGCAAAACCCAAGUGGUCAGAGGAUAGAUCACAUUCUCUAUCGUCCUGGACUUGGUACCAAGAUAGAGUUGCUGAACUACACGUUCCCUCUGCCAGAGCGAGUCCCUGGGAAGCCGUACAGUUACUCAGAUCAUGAGGCAAUCUCUGCCACAUUCAAGAUCACACCUCCCACUAAUCACAGCCUAGCCGACCAUGCACUGUCUAACCGUGAAGAGAUGGUCACAUGUCUCCGCGAAGGCACUGCCAUUGUGACAGACGCUGUAAGGGACUUGUACUACACGCGGCUACGCUACUGGAGCAUCACCAGCGCCAUCGUGUUCGGCAUCUCCCUGCUCUGCUUGUUCACCGACCUGCCGAGCUAUUACACACGGACAUUCCAGCUGGCUCUGGUCGUCCUCACUGCUAUCUCCAUCUUCUGCUUCGUCAUGGCCACCGUGUGGAACAACAUCGAGCAGAACGCGUUGCGCAGCUCUGUCAUGGCCAUGCAGUUCUUGGCAGACCGCGCGGCCGCUCAGGGUGACCUUUUCCUUGAACUUGGAGCACAAGAUAUGGGACGAAGAAGAUUGCCUUUUACAAUAUCUCAUUAAAGGUAAGAUGGUACAAAGAAGGAAGAACUCCUGUGAUUCAGCAUAGUUUUAACUUUUAUUUAAAAGAAAUUCCAUUUAAAUGAGUCAUUACAAAGUUCUGUCAAUUAUAUAUUUUAUUCC